GAAGCCACAUUAUAAAUUGACCCUAUUCUUCAGAACUGCUCAUUGGACUAAGAAGCUGGUCAAAAACAAUGGUGUCCUCCCAGUUUGUUCUCCUUGUUGUAACAGCAGCUGUCUUUCUGACCACCAGUCAUGCGGAGAAAAAGUGUGUUGGCGCCACAGGUCCUCAAGGUCCUCCUGGAAGAAAUGGGCUUCCUGGUCUACCAGGUCCAAGGGGUGAACAAGGACAGAAAGGAGAUCCAGGGCAAGCAGGACAGUCUGCAUAUCAGGACCCUGAACUGCAAAGCAAAUUCAAAGAGUUUGAACACAGAAUCUCCCGUCUGGAAAGAGCCAUGGCCUUGAAUGGAAUGAUUGUCAUAGUUGGCGAUAAACUGUUUGCCACUACGGAGAAGCCAGACGAUUUUGACAACACAGUAAGAAUUUGCAAAGCAGCUCACGGUUCCGUUGCAACUCCAGCGAACGGGAAGGAGAAUGAUGCUGUUAUGAGUUUUGUGACAAAAUUCAAUAUGUAUACUUAUCUGGGCAUUACAGAAGGGCCCAUCCCUGGGGAAUUCCAGUUUCUGAAUGGAGCCCCUCUGAAUUAUACAAACUGGUAUAUGGGGGAGCCAAAGGGGAAAGGGGCAGAGAAGUGUGUGGAGAUGUACUUGGAUGGCACCUGGAAUGACAAAAUAUGCAGUAAGUCCCGUCUCACUGUCUGUGAACUUUAAACCAAACCUGUUCACAGACUUUCACAUGGGAUUUUCCUAGGGGUUGUUAUUUGGGGUUACUUCUAAGAAUACGUACUGAUUUCCAUUGUGGUAUAAUGGUUAGAGGGGGUGGACUAGGUGCUGGGAUCAUCACUCUACCAUGGAAACUCACUGAAAAGCCAAGCUACAAGUGACGCCUGACAC